UAGUGUUGCUGACGGAGGUGGCGGCGGGAGCGAUGUCGGUGGCGGUGGUGGUGGUGGUGGGAGUUGGUGUCGUCUCUGUUUGAUAAGCAUCAACGUGGGAGAUUCGAUUACGGCGACUAUUUUAAGUGAAGAAGACGAGGAAGAAGAAGAAGAAGAAGAAAAGGAAGAAGAAGAAAAAGAAAAGGAAGAAGAAGAAGAGUGACAUCAACAGCAACAACAACAACAAAGGAAGUUACGGGAGGAGAACGAAUAUAUACGGAAGGAGAAAAGAUAAAGAGGAAGGAAAUUAUUGAAAGAAAGAAAUAAAAAGAAGAAACACGGAAUAAGGCUACAUUUAAAACAUUUUAAAGUUUUGUGCAAAUUAUUGAUCGACAAUAGAUUGGUAUCGCCCUCAAAAUGAUGAACUCUGCUGCAUAUGAUAGCGUAACAUAUAUAUUAAGAAGAAAACUGGAUCAAAAACGGAGCCUUGUACUACACAAUUAAUAUGGUUAUCCUUUGAAUCAAUACUUUGUUGAGAGGCCAGUUGAGAACGAAAUGACAGUUGUUUGAACAUGACAGAACUUAUCUCACUUCACUCAUUUGCUGAUGGAGGGUAACGUAGUAUUUCUGUUGGUGUGUAGCAUCUUCUCUGGCAUUAUUUUUGCCGUCGGAUGCAUAGCAUCGGUCAUCAAGGCUGUUCGGGACCGACGACAGAUCUUGAGAAGAAGAAAUGAACGCAACCAAGUUGGAAUGGGAGAUGUGGAGUGUGUCGACAACCUGUCGGAGGAGAUUAAAAAAGACCUCACAUCAAGUGGAGUCUCUGAUAAGAAUAGUUCUGAACCUACGAUAAACUCGGAUGCGGCGGCAAAAUCCUUAAGGAGUGCCGAUACUUUACAGAGUCCAGCCAGUGAGAAAAUAGAAUUGGUAAAGUGCAUGAAAGGAUCCUUUGCAAAAAAUUCCCCAGAUGAACUACCUGGAAAUGCUAUCCAGCUUUCUGUGAUCGAUCGUAAAUAUGCUGUUUAUAGCAAACCAGAAAAUGGUUAUAUAAACCGCCAACGUCUUGACAACCAUAUGACCGAGAAUGGAAGCAAUCCUCACUCUAUUCCAGUUGGUAACACUUGGAAAACAAUUAGCGGCAAUAAUAUCGUUCAUAAAAAUAGACAUUCCACUAGCGGAACUCUGUUGGUGAAAACGCAUCCAACUUUUCUGAGGACCAAAUCCUACCAAUCUGCUAUGAAAACUAAUAUUUAUGCAGAAGUGCCAUCGCCGAGCAAAAGUGAUUUUGAGUUUUCGUCCAGCGAAAGUAUCAUAAAAUGUUACCAGUGUAAUGAAAGACGUCCGGGACUUGAAAACAACGCUUACAAUGACGAGGAUUCACAAUUAAGAUAUUUAUAAUUAACAGCACACUUCUAAUUAUUAUUUGUACUGCUAAGUAACAUACAUUUUUUCCUAUGUUAUUUCAAAUUAGAUACUUCAAGUUCAGAAUAUUUUUUAAUUUAACAUAUUUCUUUGUUAAAAUUACUAAGUGUAAUCAACAGAAAUGUUCCCUCCAAUGUCUCUUUUCUUUUUUCUCAAUAAAUAUCACUGUUCAAGUAAUGUUUAAGUACCAGUCCAGUCCCAUACUGGGGUUGACUUAAUUGACCACAAUUUAUGGCUAUGUACCAAAGUUCGAAAAUAUUAUUAUUGUCAAUGGCGAGCUGGCAGAAUCAUAGUACACCGGGACGGAUGCUUAGCAGCAUUUCAUCCAUCUUUGUGUUCUGCGUUCAAAUUCUGCCAAGGUUGACUCUACCUUUUAACCUUCUGAGGUCAGGAGAUGAUGUAAUCAACUAGCCCUCCAAGCCCCAAAUUCCAGGCCUUGUGCUAAAGUUAGAAAUUAUUAUCACUAUCAUUAUUAUCAUUAUUAUUAUAUUAUUAUUAUUAUUAUUAUUAUUAUUAUUAUUCUGCUUGCCGCAAUAUUCCAUUGGUUAGGCUUUAAGUAUGCUUAACUAUGGAAUAAAGCCAGAGACAUAAUCAAAACUUUCAACGUUAUGUAUCAACAUUAAGAAGAUCUACUUAAAUUUAAACAUUAAAAUAUAAAAUUGAAAAUUUAUAACAUGCAGAAUUUCUAUAGAUCCUCUAGCUAUAAACCAGUAUAACAAUCCUCUCAAGUUUGUAUUGCAUAUUCUUCUGGGGUUGAAAAAUUAAAAUACCGGUCGGUUGGUUGUACUGUGGUCAGUCAAAUAAUCAAUUCCUAAGAUAACAGUAUGUUAGAAACUGGUCAUAAGAUCCCUCCAUUUUCUCUUUCUAUUGUCUAUAUGUUCUUUUUUUUACAUUUUUUUGUUUUGUUCAUGAAAUAUCAAUGUUUAAAUAUCAGCCAUAUACUGAGUUCACCUAAACCAUGUAGAGUACUUGACUCAUCUGCAAUUCAUGGCCUUAUGUCUAUGUUAGAAAUUUUUAUUAUUAUUAUUAUUAUUAUUAUUAUUAUUAUUAUUAUUAUUAAUAAUAAUAAUAAUAAUAAUAAUAAUAA